AUGGUAAGCCGCCUACCCGCCCCUCCCUGCUGUUGUCGCAGCGACUCUCGUGCACGACGACACUCGCCACCGAUCCGAGCCAAUGCAACCGACGAACCCAUCAAGAGGAGGAUCAAUCUGCGAAGACGGGUUGUGGGACGGGUCAAUGGAAUGAUUUUCGGGAACGAUUCGGAUGUGUUGGCGACGAUUGCAGGCAGAGAGAUUCGAUGGCACAGCAGGGUUCUGGCAGUCGACCUCCUGAACCCCAGCCCUGCGGCUGAGGCCAAGAAGCACAAGCUCAAGAUGCUUGUCCCUGCUCCCCGCUCCUUCUUCAUGGAUGUCAAGUGCCCCGGCUGCUUCACCAUCACCACCGUCUUCUCCCACGCCCAGACCGUCGUCAUCUGCCAGGGCUGCACGACCGUCCUGUGCCAGCCCACCGGUGGCAAGGCCAGGCUCACCGAGGGCUGCUCCUUCCGGAGGAAGUAG